AUGGCUAGCCCAAUGGCUCUUCAGCUCGCUGAAAUCGCCUACCUAAAAAAGGGCGGGGCUGUACCCCCGGCUUGCUGCAGUGGAAUGAAGUCACUCAAGGUGGCGGCCAAGACCACAACUGACCGGCAGGCGGCCUGCCAAUGCAUUAAAAGCGCUGCGUCAAGCAUCUCCGGCCUCGACGGUAUUGCAGCUGGGCUUCCCGUCAAGUGUGGCGUCAAAAUCCCUUACAAGAUCAGCCCAUCAACUGACUGUAGCACGUAA